UGAACACGCGAACAAUGCGACCGCUCACGUGGAAGUUUCGCCGUCGUUCCCGGAGCAGGGAUAAUUACGCGCGCCCUCUCUCGCUUCCGCCUAAGCGUGGAGAGUCGGGGACCCCCCCUCCUCCUCCAACCCCAGGAGCGACCUGGGCACAGACGCCACGCCGCGGGGCAGCUGCUGCCGCCUGCAGCGCAUUGUUCAUCCACGGGUUCGUCAAGUCGAUCAUCACGGUCCGCACGAGGUUGUUUUGACCGUGCCCGACUACGUUGCUCAGUUCGGGUUGGUGAAUUUCGGGGGUUGGUGAAUUUCGGGGGUUGGCGCAUUCGCGCACAUUAUUUAUUUCCAUUUAGAAAAAAAAGAUUGCUGGGCACAGAUCCAAAUCGUCAGCGGCCAGUCACAAUCGGCUCUCGUCAAGUUGUACUCGGUAAGAAUGCAAUACAGUCGAGGAGUUUUUAAAUGAGCGAGGCGAUGGCUUUACGAGCUUGGGAGAGAGAGACGAUGGGAGGAGGAAAUUCCGCCGUGGAGCAGAGCGAGGGAAGAAGAAGCCGCAGGGUGAGAAGAGACGCCGGUCGACACUGACGUCAACCGUUACCGGGAAUUCAGCUCAAGUGCGCGGGGGUCCGCGGCUCCCAAUCAUCACUAAUAAAACUGCGUUAAACUAUUGCCCCACAUUAAACCUUAACCCGUGUAAGGUUACGAUGUCCUAUAACUUGCACAACCUUUAUAUGGGACACUGGCCUCGAUCUCGCCGCGAUGUGGUGGCGCGCGUGGGUUUUGCUGUGACCUCGACACCCAAAACCCACCCAACACGUGCCCCCAGACCGGCCCGUCCUGCCGGUCCCGCCCUGCCGGGUUCGGUCUGCGGAACUCUCACAACACGGAAGGCAUCGCGCGCAGUCACUCACUCACUCGUCGGCCUCCCGUCUCCCUCCACUCCUCCGCUGUGACUCGGUCGACCCUCGACGACUCCUGGAACUUGGCCGCGAGUCGUGGAACGCGACGAGCCUCGUGCGGUGUGGCCCGUUCGGAAGGGCCGGAAGAGGACCGUGAAGUGGUGAUGUUCACGCACCGGUGGUGUGAGGGUGACGGUGGUGAGGGUCACACACGGUGGUGAUGGUCACACACGGUGGUGAGGGUGUCUCAGUGGUGAGGGUGACACAGUGGUGAUGCUCACGCACCGGUGGUGUGAGGGUGACAGUGGUGAGGGUCACACGGUGGUGAGGGUGACUCAGUGGUGAGGCCGACUCGGUGGUGAGGGUCACUCCGUGGUGUCGGUCAGUCACUGAACCAUGCCGGGAGACGACGACCUCUCCUGCCAAAUCUGCUGCGAGCAUUACGACGAGGACACUCACAGCCCGCGGAUUCUCGGCUGUUGCCUCUACAACCUCUGCCUGCAAUGCGCCAAGAACCUGGAGUCCGAGCAGGAGGGCUUCGUCGCCUGCCCCGCGUGCCGGACCGAGCACGACGUGGAGGGAGACGCGGAGAACCUCCCCGUCAACGAGCUCGUGCUCAGGAGGCUACGCGCCGCGCCACCGCCGGGAGGAGGAGGAGGGGACUUUGAUGCCGACGCGCCGGGAGUCGCCGCUCGGGGAUUUAUCGAGGGCGAUGAGUGGUCCGUCUACUCUGACGACGACGACUUGUACGAGGAACGUUUUGAACGUGCAGAUGUUGUGCCCCCACGGCGAUCCGCCAGCAUAAACAUUGACGACUACGACUUUUACGAGGAACCUUCCGAAAGUCCAGACAUUCUCGCCCCUCAAGGAUUCGUCAGCGGCGACAUUGACGACUACGACUUUUACGAGGAACGCGCAGAUGUCGUGGCCCCUGGGCGAUCCACCACCGUAACCACCGCGGGCCACGACUUUUACGAGGAACCUUCCGAAAGUCCAGACAUCCCGGCAGAGGUGCCCGCCGCGUCAGACCAAGAGGACACCGACGAGCAUCUCGCGCUGCCCACGUGUCCCCUGUGCGACUACCACUUCGACACGCUUCGGAAGCCCUGGGCCCUGGCGUGUCCCCACGUGCUGUGCGAGCCCUGCCUGAGCGCCAUGCACGGCUCGCGCUCGCCCUCCGGGGCCCGCAUCUCGUGCCCCGUGUGCGCGACCGAGACCGACGUGGCCCACGACUGGACCGCCUGCGUGACGCCGCGCGGCCACAGCGGCCGCCACCAGCGACCCCAGCCCGCGGCUCCGGACCCUCUCGGCCCGGCCGCCGCGGGGAACCCGGGCGCAGUGGUUGUCACGUCGGGGGCCGCGGACGAUGGGUCCGAGGGGAGUUUCUGGGCGCGGUGGUUGGCGACACUCCGGAGGUGGUGCUUCUGUCGCGCCCGGUAGCUGCAGCGCGAGUCAUCAUCGCGAUGAACACCACGAUCAUCGUCAUCAGCAGCAACAUCGGCACCACCAUCACCAGCUGUGUCAUCAUUACCAUCACCACCAUCAGCAGCAGUAUCAUCAUUACCAUCAGCAGCAGUAUCAUCAUUACCAUCACCAUCAGCAGCGUCAUCAUUACCAUCACCACCAUCAGCAGCAGUAUCAUCAUUACCAUCACCAUCAGCAGUAUCAUCAUUACCAUCACCACCAUCAGCAGCAGUGUCAUCAUUACUAUCACCACCAUCAGCAGCAGUAUCAUCAUUACCAUCACCACCAUCAGCAGCAGUGUCAUCAUUACCGUCACCUCCAUCAGCAGCAGUAUCAUCAUUACCAUCACCAUCAGCAGCAGUAUCAUCAUUACCAUCACCACCAUCAGCAGCAGUGUCAUCAUUACCAUCACCUCCAUCAGCAGCAGUGUCAUCAUUACCAUCACCACCAUCAGCAGCAGUGUCAUCAUUAUCAUCACCACCACCAUCAGCAGUGUCAUCAUUACCAUCACCUCCAUCAGCAGCAGUGUCAUCAUUACCAUCACCACCAUCAGCAGCAGUGUCAUCAUUAUCAUCACCACCACCAUCAGCAGUGUCAUCAUUACCAUCACCUCCAUCAGCAGCAGUAUCAUCAUUACCAUCACCACCAUCAGCAGCAGUCAUCAUUACCAUCACCUCCAUCAGCAAAGACAAAAUGCCGCCUUUAACUUGCUGUUGAGGCAAGGGCUGUCAGCGAGCAGAAAGAACGUGGCCGCCUGAGGCGCGCGCUCCCGAGGCGCGCUCACAGCAGCGGCUGGCGGGGCCGUUUGUGAGGGGGCCGGGGGGGGCGAAGGAGCCGACGUAGGGAGCCGAUGGAGCCGAGGGGGCCGAUGGAGCCGGAGGGGGGGGUGCCGACGGCGCGAGAAGAGGGAGCCGACACUGACUCACUCACACAUCACACACUGACUCACUCACACAUCACACACUGACUCACUCACACAUCACACACUGACACACUCACACAUCACACACUGACUCACUCACACAUCACACACUGAUUCACUCACACAUCACACACUGAUUCACUCACACAACAUGCACUGACUUGCUCAUCAUGCGCUUACUCACUCACACAUCAUACACUCGCACAACCACUGACCCAUUCACUCAUCAUACACUGACUCACUCAUCUUGCGCUAACUCACAUCAUACACUCACUCACACUGCCGCUGACUCGCUCACACAUCAUACACUCACUCACGCUGCCGCUGACUCACUCACACAUCAUACACUGACUCACUCAUCUUGCGCUAACACAUCAUACACUGAUUCGCACAUCAUACACUCACUCACGCUGCCGCUGACUCACUCACACAUCAUACACUCACGCUGCCGCUGACUCACUCACACAUCAUAUAUUCACUCACGCUGCCGCUGACUUACUCACACAUCAUACACUCACUCACGCUGCCAUUGACUCACUCACACAUCAUACACUCACUCACGCUGCCGCUGACUCGCUCACACAUCAUACACUCACUCACGCUGCCGCUGACUCGCUCACACAUCAUACACUCACUCACGCUGCCGCUGACUCACUCACACAUCAUACACUGACUCACGCUGCCGCUGACUCACUCACACAUCAUACACUCACUCACUCAUCAUACACUGACUCGCUCACACAUCAUACACUCACUCACUCAUCAUACACUGACUCACUCACACAUCAUACACUCACUCACGCUGCCGCUGACUCGCUCAAACAUCAUACACUCACUCACGCUGCCGCUGACUCACUCACACAUCAUACACUCACUCACGCUGCCAUUGACUCACUCACACUUCAUACACUCACGCUGCCGCUGACUCGCUCACACAUCAUACACUCACUCAUCAUACGCUGACUCACUCACACAUCAUACACUCACUCACGCUGCCGCUGACUCGCUCACACAUCAUACACUCACUCACUCAUCAUACACUGACUCGCUUACACAUCAUACACUCACUCACGCUGCCGCUGACUCACUCACACAUCAUACACUCACUCACGCUGCCGCUGACUCGCUCACACAUCAUACACUUACUCACGCUGCCGCUGACUCACUCACACAUCAUACACUCACUCACGCUGCCGCUGACUCGCUCACACAUCAUACACUCACUCACUCAUCAUACACUGACUCGCUUACACAUCAUACACUCACUCACGCUGCCGCUGACUCACUCACACAUCAUACACUCACUCACGCUGCCGCUGACUCGCUCACACAUCAUACACUGACUCGCUCAUCAUGCGCUGACUCACUCACACAUCAUACACUGGGAGUGUCGUGCUGCCAGCUAUGGCUGCAGGUUUUGUCGUACGUGUUAUGUAUAUAUCGUUUAUUGUUACAUUUUUUAAUCACAGUUCCUAUGAUUAUUGUUGUUACAUUGUUUUUAUAGCUUUAUUUUGAUGAUUCGAAAACAUAUGGUUCAUCUAAAUUGUCUUAUUGUUGUUGUUGUUGGCUUGUACCACAUUGUGAUUUUUGCACACAGGAGUUUUAAUACGGAUUUUUUUGUGCAAUAUUUGCUGGUUUAUUCCAGGAUGUUUCUGUUGCGCGUCGUCGCUUUAAGAUGUUCUGUGUUCAUAUUUUGUUUGUUGCGGUUGCACCCGACUCAAGAGCCGCAUGGCUCACAGGGCUACACCUAAUAAAUGAAACUUGAAGCUUGA